GGCGCGAUGCCGGGGGAGGCGGUGACGCUGCAGCUCGGGCAGUUCGCGGGCUGCGUGGGGACCCACUGGUGGGGGCUGCAGGCCGCCGCGCUGCGCAGCCCCUCCGAACCCUCCGAGCUCCGGCACACGGUGCUGCUGCGGCCCGGGAGGGGUCCGGGCGGCCGGGAGAUCCACACCCCGCGUCUGGUGGCUCUGGAGCUGAAAGGCGGCGUGGGCGCGGUGGGGGCCGGCGGGGCGGGCCCGGAGGCUCCGGUGUCCUGGGACGGAGCGGUCGCCUCUUACCUGGAGCGCGCCCCGGGCGGGGGCUCCGCAGCGCAGAACGCGGGACAGCGGAGGGGAGACGCUUCCUCUGACGGGCAGGAAGGUUCCAGCUCCGCCGUCCAAGGCAGUUCUCCAGCCCCUUCACGACUCAGUGUGUCCCAGGAUGUGCACUCUGCUGGCAGCAUCCGGGUCUGGUCCGAUUACCUCAACGUGCACUUGCACCCCAAAAGUGUCUACGUCAUCCGUCAGUACAUGCAUGAUGGGGACUGUGGUUGUCUCGAAGCCUUUGGACAAGGUGAAAGUCUCCUGCGGGAUCCUGGCUGCAUAGAGGAGCUGGAAGAUAGGCUGCACUUCUAUGUUGAAGAAUGUGAUAAUCUGCAGGGAUUUCAGGUCCUCUGUGACCUCCACAAUGGAUUCUCUGGAGUUGGUGCCAAAGUGACAGAACUGCUCUGUGAUGAGUACUCAGGAAAAGGAAUCCUCACCUGGGGUUUGACUCCAGUCAUGAGUAACAGGGGUGAUUUUCAGAAGAACUUUUACAGACUGAUGAACACAGUCAUGGGAAUUGUCCACCUCUCCAGUCACAGCUCCCUCUUUUGUCCCCUGUCCCUCAGUGGGAGCCUGGGAAUCCAGCCACAGCCUCCUGUGAUGUUCCCAUAUCUCCACUAUGAUGCAUCACUCAACUACCACAGCAGUGCCAUUCUGGCAGCAGCACUCGAUACCCUCACUGCUCCUUACCGACUCUGCUCCUCUCAGGGCUCCAUGCUGCACCUUGCUGAGACCCUCAACUUCUCUGGGAGAAAGGUGGUGGCUGCCUGGGCUUCUGUUCCCUUUCCUGCCCUCCGUGGCUCCUCACUCCCUGAUAUUUUAUGUGCCUAUGAGCAGGAGGUGCCCUGGAAGCUUCUGUCCUCAUGUAGGGAGCAAAAGGUCAGCUGCUGUUUUGCUCAGUCUGUUGUGCUACGAGGAAUUUGCAAAGAAAGUCACCUCAGCAGCUGGCAGGGGAAGCAGCCCCCUUCUCCACUCCACACCUGGGAGAGCUCAGAGCAGAUCCUGCAGCAGUAUUUACACUCUGUGUUUCCUGGGGCCUUCAGCACAUCCCACAUGCUCCAGCAGAGCUGUCACACUCUGCCUCCCUACCCCCAGUUUUUUUCUCCUCUUCUGACCAGAGAAGGCUUCCUCCUGGAUAAACCUCCCAGAUACCCCUCAGCAGCUGUGGAAAGCAUCCCUGUCCUGGCAGCCCUGCAGUCCUCAGCAGUCCUGCACACUCUCCUCCACAGCUUGGAUAAGGACCUGCAGAAGUUGAACACCCGGCGCCUGCCCAGCUUCUUCUCUGCUGGAGUGGAACAUGAUGACUUCCAGGAAACCCUGGAGGAGCUAAGAACUUUAUCCCAGUGCUACAAAACAGGGUUUGAAGCAGAUGAAUCUGAGGAUGAAGGAGAUUCAGACUAAACUUAUCUUUAUUACUAGAGGAGUAUCUGUAAGAUCACUUUCCAAAGAAAGGGAAUUGGUUCAGGAUGGUCCAACUGCUGCUUUCUUUUCAUUUCAGUAAAACCCCCUUACAAAAGCU